AUGGUGCUUAACCUCGUCCAGCUUGGAGAAAGCCUUGUUUUUGAAACAGGUCAAGAUGUGAUGGAGGGUAAUGGUGUAGUAUUGUUUGGAAUGAGCCCUGGAAAUCCAUACUUCAAAUCCCACGUUAUUGAGGACUAUGUGCAAUACUUGGGAAAGGACAAAAGAAGAAUAAUUGUGGUUGUACCACAGCAGCCAGCUGAACAUACGUACAGAGCUCUGGGGAGUAAAGAUGCUGUGAAACGAGCCAAGAAAAACUCCAGUCAGCUCAAGUCGCACUGCAGAAGAGCUAUUGAUAAGGUAUGUACAGAAAAAAAUAUAAUACUGUCACUGAUUAAUUCUUGAUACUUUGAGAAAGCUUCAAAAAGUACGGUUAAAUAUCCACCACAACAUUUUUUUAUUUAUUUUGGUUGUAUUCUAUAAAACUGACGCGCACUCGCUCUCUUUCAUAAGCUAAAUACCAGCUAAAAUUUUAUAUAAUUUUUUUCAUCCGACCUCCUCACAUGUGUCCUCACUGUGAGCUGUGGGUGUCUUUCGUGAAACACGUUUUUUAGUGACAACCGGACAUGCAGUAGUUUUGACACUUCCCAAUUGUGCGCAUGCGUGAGUGACGUCACUGACCUGCUUUUUCUCAGUUAUAAACCGUAAUAACUAGUGAGGCUAAUUUCGCAACUUUGGUUAAUCUUGUGUGUUUUACGUACAUGUCGAAAGUAUGUUGUGUGCUUUUAUGUAGAGACGCGCUAAAUUUCACAGAGAACUGACAGAAAUCUAACGGAGGAUUUCUCGGAAAUAGUAAUUGGUUUAAAAUUAUGGUGAAUAGUUUACUUCAACAACUUUAUUGACUUUACCUUCGACAUGAAGAUUUCAGUACCAAAACAAUAACAAAUGAAAAUAGUAAAUGAUAUUUUAAAAUUGGCCAGAAAUAAAACUUUUAUCGACUUUCAGUCAGUAAAAAAAUGAUUUAAUCAAUAACGAUUAUAAAAGUAAAGGAAACAUUAUAAGGUUUCUAACCAGCCCGUAAUAAAUUAAACGCAAGAAAACUUGGAUUUAAAACAAAUUAGAAACUGACGAUUCCGCCACCUAAGAAACCGGAAACCGCGCUAGAAAAGUCUCUGGCACCCAGGGUAGCCCCCUGUCUGAAGUGGUACAAAAUAGUUUUAUCAUUUACAAAACUAAUCUCUCCCUAAGGUAGAUAAGGGGUGUGGAGGGGGAGUAGACUACGAGUAGUCCCCCAUUUUCCCUCGGGAUAGUAGAGCGAGCGAAACACGAGCGCGCGUGAAAAUCACUAAACGCGAGAAAAGGCGACACGCACUCAUUUUUCUAGACUGCGAGUAGUCUCUCUUUUUCUUCAGAUUUAGUGAGAGCAAUGCACGCUCGCGGGAGCGGCGAAGCCGCUAGACUCUCUUCCCACCGCAAGUCGCCUUUUCUCGCGUGGGGUGAUUUUCACGCGCGCUCUACUAUCCCUGAGGAAAAAUGAGGGACUACUCGUAGUCUAGAGGAGGAGGAGCUAAACUAAUAUUGCAACUUUUUUCACGAUUCAAAGAUUAACGUGUCGACCUGCGGCCGGCAGGAAGCAUCUCCGCCGCACGCAAGUUAAAAAAAAACACGCUGUACCCACGGUUAGAGAAAUAAUAAUUUUACGGCUUUUCAUCAUUCAGUAUGGAUUAAAUCAUUAUUUUCUACCGCUGAACAGGUGUCCAAGACUGAUGAUAUUGCUGGAGAGUUUUAUAUGUUGGACUGGACUUCAGAGGUAGACAAACAUGAAGCUUACAUUGCAGCCUUAGACUAUAUCAUCAGUUUUUACAAAAGUAACUCUUACUUUCGCCAGGACGUCGCACGAUCGACCGCAAAAGUGUUAGGAAAAGAUUCUACAUCCUAUGAGAGUGAAUCAGGUAAGCAAGAGAAGCGGAAUAUCGAUGUUUUAAAAGUCGAAUUAUCUAAACUUUUUCGGUUUCUAUUUCUUGAGUUGUCUUAUCACUUCUCGGUCAAUGGACUUUGAAACACGGAUCCGUUUCUGUUUACACCAAUCUACGGUUUAAAACCCCUUGCGAAUGGUUGUCGAGGCUUCGACGCACAAUUUUCCAGGAUUCAGGACUAAAGAAAUAAAAAAGUUGAGCCAACCGGUGUACAAACUAUGUUAAGAGCAUGAAAAGUGGUGGACAUUCCCGCCACCUGAGUAGAUCUCCGUAAUUCAAGCAUUUUUGUUUUUUUUGCAUCUGUUUUCUUCCGUUUUUGUCCAGCCAUAAAAUCAUGUCAUUCCUUGCUAUCGUUCGGUUGACUGGCAGUUUACUCGAUUUCUAUGCGUGACCCCAAAAAACGGGACUGGGGAGAGGUGGAGAUAAACUCAGUACAUGUACCAAGAUUUGCCUUUCGUUGCAUAACGCUUUAAAUACUCUCCCGGUGGGGUACGCAACAACGUUUUAUAUCGGAAGGCUCCAGACCCUUACCCUUGAAUAUACUAUUUCUGACAAAAAAGGUACCCCUUUUGUAUACCUUUUAUUGACAAAUGCUACCCCUUUCACAUACCUAGUAUAACACCUUUGCAUUCCUUUUAAUUACCGUAAAUGAACUGUAUUUACUAUAUAGAUACAGUUGAACCUCCCCUCAAAGGCCUGGUCGUUGUAGACAGAUGGAAACUGUGAAGAGGUGGCCGUUAGUGGAAGUUGGACUGUAAAUUACAAAUCUAGAAUGUUUUCUCGACUUUUUUUACAGCCAUAAAAUGUGACUGUUAGCCCUUUUGGACCUUUUUACAAACUGAAAUGACAGAUUUCCCUAUCCCUUUAUAUACUUCAGCUUCCGAAUUCCAUACCCUUUUAUAUAGCAAUGAUAUAUCUGAAGCCGGAAAAAGGUACCUCUUUCGGGCGGAGCCUCCCCGUAUAGGCCAUUAUAGGGAGUACCAACCCCCACUCCCCACCCCCACAGUAUACUCUUCAAUGAAGUCUGACCAAGUCUUAUUUUAAACUUUAGAAUCCUCAGAUGCUGAGCUUGAAGACAACGAAAGUGUGCAAGAAGGAGUUUACUACCUCCUGAAAGAACUAGCCUUCAUUAUCUCCAGCAAAGAGAUGUUCAGAACCGAAAGUGUGGCAGUUAUUUAUCAUCGCAGCUGGCCUGUCUAUGAGAAAUUUGUAAAUGGAGAUUAUGAUGGAAAGCCAAAAGAAGGAUUGGGACUUGCAAUCAUCAACUAUGAUCUAGUGUAA